AUGACUUCCAUCGUCAACGAGAGCUCCCAAAAUGCAUUCCUGUCUCUACGAGCCAGGUUGCGCACCCCCGAGGGCUCAUCGCAGCCAUUCUCCGGACGGGUGGGCACGGCCGCGCACCUAGACGGAUCAAAAAUCCAGGAGCGUCUGCAGCGCGAGCUCUGCAAAGUCUUGGCCGCGCAUCUCGCUCCGGAUAAGCAAAAAGACGCCAGCUCGACAAGCGAAAACUAUGCGUUGCUGGAAAAGCUUGCCAACUCCCUCGCCGCAACGGGAUCGAACCUGCACCAGCAGAGCACAUCCGAAAUACAAAGCGCCAGCGAAGAGAUACAGAGCAAGAUUGAUGAUUACAAGUACGAGUCACUCGCGGCGCUUGCUCAGAGCACCAAGCUGUACCAGAUCCUUGCGCAGCCGCUUGCAGAGAUGACAGGACCUGGCGCAGACGGGCAAGAAGAUACCAUCGCCGAGCAAAUUGCUCUUCUCCGUGAUGACUUUGCAAGUGCCGAUGCAAGAAUCGAGCUUCUCCACGAGCAGUGGCAGUCGUGUGUGCGCGCAGAGCAAGACGCGUGGAAGCGGCUGACGGAUGACGAGGACGAGCCCCGACAAGAGCUGGAUCUGCAGGACUUGGUGGACGCUACCGAAGGGAUCAUGGACACUGGAGAAACAGAGAUCAAGAAUAUCGAAUCCGAAUAUGCCGAGUAUAUCCAGAUCGAGAGCCUCAAGGUGAUGCAAACGCUCAUGGAGGGCUAA